AUAUAGAUCUACAUGAUGAAACGGCCGGAACACAGAGACCUGGCGGCGCGCCUGCCGGAGGACGUGCUUGCCGACGUGCUCCGCCGUGUAGUGGCGCCGCGCUGGCUUGCCAUCUCUCGCUGCGUCUGCAAGGCAUGGCGUGCUAUCAUCGACGGCGACGGCCUCCUGUGCACGGAGCUCCCGUUCAACGGCAUCUUCAUCGCCUUCACCGAGCUCCCGUUGCCCGAGUUCUUCCCCCGGCCCCCGUCGCCGGUACAGCCUGCGGUCAGCGGUAAGCUGGACUUCCUGCCCACGGCCAUAACAGAUGACUCGGACGAAUUCAUCGUCCAAGAUCACUGCAAUGGCCUCCUCCUGCUUAGCACCUACAAGAUUAACCCUGUGAGGCGCGCCACCUACGUGGUUAACCCUGCCACAAGAACCUGGGAUCCUCUGCCCUCCUACCCGCCCAUCCGUGGGAUCGUCCGUGGUAUUUGUUUCCAUAACUAUCAUCUCGCCUUUGAUCCCAAAGUGUCAUCCAGCUACCAGGUGCUUGGGAUCCCCUGGUUGUUUUCCGGCAAAAGAGACAAUGAGUCUGAGUAUGAUCCCCUAGAGGAGGAGGAGCUAUCCGAAUGGCCUCCGUCUCCAUAUAUCUUGCCUGUUUUCUCAUCAAAGACGCGUUGUUGGGAGAUGCGGCCAUUUUCUCGACACGGGGACGCGGCUGGCACAGUGGCAGAGAUGCGAGCGCAUUUUGGUUACCACAAACUCCAUUCUGUUUAUUGGCGAGGAUCACUUUACGUGCAUUGCCAAAGCAAUCUUGUUAUGAGAAUAUCCAUGUCUGAAGAUAAGUACACUGUUAUUAAACCACCAAUGGGUGUCCAAAUGUGCCCUUAUCUGGGAAGAUCAGAAAAGGGGGUGUACUUAGCAGCACUUGUUGAGAGGAGCAUUCGGGUUUUUAUCCUGAAUAUAUUUUCUGAUCGGGCAGACUGGACCUUGAAGCAUGAUUAUGACCUUAACCCCCUGAGAGCGUUUCGCCAGCAAGUUCAUGGACCAUGGAUCUUAGAAGACAUUAACUUUCACUUCUUUCCUCCAGAAAAGAUCAACGAGAAACUAGUAAUCCAAGAGAAUUCUGAAUGGGACUCCGACAACGAGGAUUUUGCUGACAUAGGAGACGCAGUUGAAGCGUGUCCUGCUGGGUAUAUUGACAUUGAGAUACUUGGAUUUCACCCAUACAAAGAGAUUCUCUUUUUGAGUAGAUCAGAGACUUGUAAACAAAAUGCCAUGGCAUUCGCCUAUCAUUUAAAUAGCUUCAAAAUUGAAAUCUUAGGAAGCAUAUACCCAACAGAUUAUGACAGUUUCGACUCCGGCCUAGCUAAUGUAAGUCGGGAGAUCGAAUCUUUUCCAUACACACCAUGUUGUUGGAUCGAACAAAUCCCAGAAACGGCGAAUUAAUCUAGAAACUCAUCCCAAACA